UAUGCGUUACGUGUAAUUAAUUUCUAUAGAAUUAGCCGUUUGUUUGAUUAAAAUAACGAGUUACGAUUAAGUCAUGUUGUGAUGUUGAGUACUGCGAGAUAAGUACGUGGAUCUGGGGGCGUUGUGUGGAAAAAAGAAAGUUGAUAAAAUACGAUCACAGGAUCAACAUGUUUCUGGAAGCAUGUAUGUACACCAUCUUUCUGGCUUCUCUCAUCCUACUUGUGUUAUGGAUUCUCACAUCACCUCCUAAGUCAAAAAAAGUUCGAGUAGCAAGCAAUGAAGAAGUUUACGCUAAACAGCGUUUCUUGAGUUCCAAAAUUCCAAAAAAUCCGGAUGUUAUUGUCAUAGGUUCAGGAAUGGGAGGUAAUGCUGCUGCUUCGAUACUUAGUAAGUUUGGCAAGAAGGUCGUUGUUCUUGAGCACCAUGAUAAACUAGGUGGCUGUACGCAUACUUUUUCGUGGUCGCGUGCAAACAUGGAUGGAAGUGGUCACACGACUUGUGAGUUUGAUACUGGUUGUCAUUACACGGCAGUCGAUAUGUCUUUGGAAACAGCUCGUUCAGGAUGUGUUAUGAAGUACGUCACGGAUGGUCAAGCAAAAUGGAACAAUCUUGGCGACCCUUAUGAUAGAGUUGUAUUUCCUUACGACACAAGUGUUGAUGAUGGGUGCCCGAAUAAUGAUGCAUAUCAAUUUCUUUGCGGGAGAGAUCGUUUAAUCAAGGAGAUAACGAAUCAAAUUAAUCCAGAUGAACCACUAGUUCCAAUCCGUAUACGCGCUUUUCUUGACUUUUGCAACAAAGCUCAAAGUACAAUCGUAAGAAUGUUUUUAGUCCGUAUUUUUCCACGUUGGGCGGAAAGCUUUAUGAACGGCCUCUUGUCGCCAUUUUAUCAGUACGGUAAACUGACUACCUCGUACGUGCUCAGUGCGAUAUUAGAACAUGGUAUGGACGAAGAGCAGGUUCUUCAGCAAACUCCUUUACCAAAGCAACCAGCAGUUCCUCUCCCUAAUACAUGGAAUCGAUUAAAAGGAGUUAUGGUCCAUCCACUUGGUGAUUACGCAUGUCAACCUGGUGAUUCAACUAUCAUUGCCCAUUCGCUUACAGCGUGUUAUUACAUAAAUGGCGCGGCAUACACGGACGGCCCGACACAAACGAUAGCAAAUUCUACCGCAAAGAUUGUUUACGAACAAGGUGGACAAUGCUUUGUAAAUGCACAUGUUGACGAAAUUCUAAUCAAAAAUAACAAAGCCGUUGGAGUGCGAGUUUGUAAAUCUUCUUCUUGGGAGAGUGCAAAAUCACUGGAUGAAAAACCAGAAAUGACGGAAAUCUACGCUCCGGUGAUAGUAAACGCAACUGGAAUGCACAAUUUGUAUCAUCGACUUUUGCCUCAAGAGUUACCAAUCGUAUCUGAAUUCAAGAACACGAACAAGGCUGUACCAUCUUUUGGUCAUAAUUAUCUUUUUGUAGCCAUUCAAGGAGAUGCAGAGGAGGUUGGAAUUCCCAAAACAAACACAUGGUACUUUAAUGGCUACGAUACUGAUGGUUGUUUUGAUAGAUAUUUUGCUGACCCGACAAACCACAGACCACCUACAGUGUACCUUGGUUUUCCAUGCACUAAGGACCCAACUUGGAAGAAACGAUUUCCUGGGAUAUCUAAUUGUAUUUUGAUUUCUGAUUCGAAAUAUGAGUGGUUUGAAAAAUGGGAGGAUAUGAGAACUCACAAGCGUGGAGAUGAGUAUGAUCAGUACAAAGAAAAGUUUGCAGAGAAAUUAUUAGAAGUGCUAUAUGAUAAGGUUCCACAGGUGAAGGGAAAGGUUUUGUGGUAUGAAUGCGGUACACCAAUAUCAGAUUCAAACUUCUUGCAGUCAUACAAGGGUGGAUCAUACGGCACACGAUGUAACUUAGAAUUUUCAAAUCGUGACAACUCACGUUGGUUGAUGCGUGGUGACACGGAAAUUGAAGGCUUGUACAUGGCGGGACAAGACGCUUGGACGCCAGCGGUUGCAGGCGCAAUGUAUGGUGGCCUAUUGGGCGCUAUGAAGGUUUUAGGAUUCUGGCAAGGAUUAGGAGUCCUGGUAACAAUUAUUCGUCAGCAAGCUGGAGAUAUCCAAAAGAAAACUCGAUCUAGCUACCUAUCAUGUCUAAGAAGAGCGGUGAAAAUCUUCUUCGGUGGCGCUCCCGUUGAGUUUCAAUAUGAAGACACAGAAUGGGUGGGAUGAACAUCGCCUAUACAGAAGAACAUUGCAGUUAAAAGUUCCGUCUUGAGUUGAAGUCAGUCGUGCGAAGAGUUAAGAACAUAACAUAUAUCAAUCCAUUAUCCACAUAUAAACGAUAGAUACGAAAUAAUGUCUAAUUCAUAUUGUUUGCCUUAGAACAUGUUCGUAGUGGAAUAUCAACAACAACUAAGUAUCACAGUGUCUUUUUCAAUUGAA